AUGGCUCUCGAGAAGGAGCAGUUCCUCCACCUGGCGCGUCCCGUCGUGCCUGCGGCGUCCGCCAACUUCAGUGCCAACGUCUCGCCCAUCACCGUCACCAUCCAGCCCCAGGCCAUCGUGUCCAUCCUCGACCAUGCUGUUCGGAGAGAGACGUCGUCGACGCAGUCCACGCGCGUGAUUGGCGCGCUUGUCGGUGUCCGGUCCGAGGACGGCCUCGAGGCCGAGGUGCGCUCGUGCUUCGCCAUCCCGCACACCGAGACGGACGACCAGGUCGAGGUCGACGUCGAGUACCAGAAGAACAUGCUGGCCUUGACCCUCAAGGCCGCGCCGCGGGAGUCGCUGCUCGGCUGGUACACCACGUCGCACGAGCUCAACUCCUUCUCGGCCCUCAUCCAGAACUUCUUCGCCGCCCCGGACACCGGCACCUUCCCCCACCCCGCCGUGCAUCUGACCAUCAGCACCGAGGCCGGCAGCGAGAUCGAGACCCGCUGCUACGUCUCGUCGCCCGUCGCCGCCAGCCCGGACCGUGCCGCCGACUCCUGCUUCUUCGCCGAGGUGCCCCACCGCCUGCUGUACGGUGAUGCCGACCGCUCGGCCCUCGAGGCCGUUGCUGCGGCCGCCGCCCCCGCCAACCUCGAAUCGCGCUCCGCCCCGGUCGUCGCCGACGUCGAGGCCCUCGCCCGCAGCAUCGAGCAGACGCUGGACCUGCUGGACCGCACGUCUGAGUUUGUCAGCGGCGUGCUCGACGAGGAGCGCGAGCCCAACCACGCGCUGGGCCAGUACCUGAUGAACGCCAUGUCGCUGGCGCCCAAGGUCGACAGCGCCAGCAUCGAGCACGACUUCAACAACCACAUCCAGGACGUCUUGAUGGUGUCCUACCUGACCAACACCAUCCGCACCCAGAUCGACCUGUCGCAGCGCCUGGCAACGUCGACACUGAACCUGGGCGACAAGGACGGCGAGAAGAAGGAGGGCGACGAGGGCAAGGGCGAGCGCGGCAGCGGCGGCCAGCGCGGCGGCAAGCGGGGCGGCCGGGGCGGUGGCCGGGGAGGCGGACAGCAGCGCGAGCCCCGUGAGCCCCGUGAGCCACGAGAGCCCCGUGAGCCACGAGAGUCGAGAGAGCCGAGGGAGCCGCGCGAGCCGGCGGAGUAG